AUGCAUGUGCUUACCUUUGAUUUUUAUUGUGUUACAGGUACUGAAAUGGAACAUAUAUUUUGGAUCUUUUUUAUUUUUUGCCAGAUCUUUUCAGUGGGAGCUCAGUUCAAUGGAUACAACUGUGAUUCCAACUUCCAUAGUCGCUUCCCUGCUGAGCGGGAUAUCAGUGUGUACUGUGGGGUUCAAACUAUCACUCUUAAGGUCAACUUUUGUCCAGUACUUUUCUCUGGCUACACUGAUUCAGAUUUGGCUCUAAAUGGUCGUCAUGGAGAUGCACAUUGUCGAGGAUUUAUUAAUAACAACACAUUUCCUACUGUUGUGAUCUUUAGUAUUAGCUUGGCAACAUUGGAGUCAUGUGGAAAUGCCCUGGUGGUGUCCACAGCUCAGGGACCCAAUGCCUAUGGAAAUCUCUCUCUGGUGCAAAUUGGAAACAUAUCAGGUUAUAUUGAUACCCCAGAUCCACCUACUAUCAUCAGCUAUCUCCCAGGUUUACUCUACAAAUACAGUUGCAGUUAUCCUCUGGAGUACCUGGUCAACAACACACAGCUGGCCUCGUCAUCAGCUGCAAUCUCAGUGAAAGAAAGCAAUGGUACAUUCAUCAGCACGCUGAAUCUGCUGCUUUACAAUGACUCAUCAUACAUUCAGCAGCUGACCAUUCCUGUAGCAGGACUGACCCUGAAGACACGGGUGUUUGCAGCUGUCAAAGCCACUAACCUGGACAGGAGAUGGAACGUUCUAAUGGACUACUGUUACACUACACCCUCUGGGAACCCGAAUGAUGAGCUUCGCUAUGACCUUUUCUUUAGCUGUGAUAAGGACCCACAGACCACUGUCCUUGAGAAUGGGAAAAGCCAAAUGGGUCGCUUUGCCUUUGAAGUAUUCCGUUUUGUCAAGCACAAGAAUCAGAAGAUGUCCACUGUGUUUCUGCACUGUGUUACCAAGCUAUGUCGAGCAGAUGACUGUCCUAUGCUCAUGCCAAUCUGUGGCAGCAAGAAAAAGAGAGCUAUUUCAGAGGGGAAACAAUCAAGCAAGUCACCAGGAAAUGCUGUUCUGACUGCGGGGCCCAUCAUCACUCGAAGUGAUCAAACACCAAGUAAUAAUUCUCACCUGGCUCUUCUGAAUGCUCCAGAGUUUCACAUCAACACAGUGACCAGCAUACUCAUCUCAGGAGUGAUCAUUCUGAGUGUUAUAAGCAUUUGCUUCUUCCUCUUCUCCCUACUCCCAAAAGGCAGGAGUUCUCCUGUCACUACUGUGUCUGGUGUCCGAAACACGGCCUUCAAUUGAACUCUGGAACUCAGCUGAGUGUUGGCAAAUAAACCAACACUCAGCAA